AUGGGCCGCCUAUACGACGAGCUUCGAAUCACAGACACUGUCGAAAUAAGACUCGUGACCUUGGAGGGAAUCGACGAAGUAACCGAUCGGGUAGUUUGCCGUCUCGAUACCGUGCCUUUGAGCGAUUCUCUAAAGUACCGCGCUUUGUCCUACUGUUGGGGAGAUGCAGAACCGCCUGCGUUGGUCGAGUGCAACGGAUUUCAGCUCAGAGUGACUGAAAACUUGACUGCUGCCCUGAAAUGCUUGCUUCGCAACCGCAAUGGCAAGCCACUUAGCGAUUUUCUCACCUUUUGGAUUGACGCCAUUUGUAUCAACCAAGAGAAUAUUAUGGAGCGGGCCCACCAAGUUACCUUGAUGGGUAAUAUCUAUCGCCAGGCAAAAGAGGUUGUCGUUUGGCUUGGACCAGCGGCUGAUCACAGCGACCUGGCUUUUCGUGCUUGUCAACGACUAUACGAUGAGGAUUUGAGGCGCAAAACGGGAUUGUCCUCGGCCAAAGAGAUGAAGUACAAAGUGGCAAAAGGGGUCCGCUGGAGCUCUAUGGAGUCGUAUGCUCACAUCAUCUACGAUGAGAAGGGACGACUCAGCAGUAGAGCAAUCACAGCUUAUAUCCGGGAACUUGACGCAAUCCAUGCCAUCCUCAGACGUCCCUGGUGGACCAGGGUGUGGAUCAUCCAAGAGAUAACUCUGGCGCGAGAGCUAGUCGUUCUUUGUGGCCAUGACAGCAUCAGCUGGCACACUCUUGAUGUUGGCAUUAAUGCUUGUAUGCAACGGCCCUUUUCAGCUGAUUUCUUAGCCCUGGCAACUGUACAUUACGCCAACAUGCUUUUCCAGAUUCGACAUGCGGUUAUCUACAGCAAAGGUGCUGUGACGCAGCCGACGUACUCUCUCACGCAUCUUCUUGGCAGAUUCAGGUGGUCGAAGGCGACAAAUGCUCGCGAUAAGAUUUAUGGCUUACUAGGACUAGUAGCCGCUGGACGAGAUGGCCCACUGACUAAUCUGAGCUACUCUCAAGAUGUCGAGAAAUGUUAUCGAGACGCCAUCAUUGACAUUAUCAAAUCUAGUGGAACUCUAGAUAUACUCCAGCUAUCACGAAAACCUCCUAGUCUCGGAACUGUUUCUGCUCAGAACACGUUGGAUCUACCUUCUUGGGUUCCAUUUCUGCAACUAGACGCAGAUGAUGUUGAUCCGGCAGUUGAUCUGUCAAAGUUGGGUGCCGUUGGCGUGCAAUCCUGGCCCGACAUUGACAAGCUUUGUUCCGCGGAAAACCCUUGGAAUAAACAAUGGCGUUCACUAUGCUUCUCAGCAAGCGGCGAUAGCAGAAUUGCUCGAGAUGAUGUGGAGAGCAAAGAAGACAACGUCCUGGUCAUCAGAGGGUUUGUAUUCGAUAAGGUACAAACCAUGGGAGAAGCGCAAACGGGCAUCAAAGCACAGGGAAAUCCACUUUUGCACCAGCAGUACCUCCAUAUUAGAAGAGCAACGGUCGAGGCAGAGAAUAUUCGCUUCGCAGUGAAGGCAGCAAGAUCUCUGCUCAAGGCAUCCACUCGCCGAGAAUGCGUCGACGUAUUCCAGGAGCAAUUCCAUCAUGUCUGCAAAACGCUCGCAGAAAACAACAUUGUUAAGACUGUAUGGCAGGCUUCUUGGACAGGAUUGGGAGGAAAUUUCCAUAAUUUCUGCCAAUUUGGCCAGGAAAAGUUGCGCAUAACGGAAUGGAAAAGACUUGCAUUAUCCCAGCAAGGUGCUUAUCCGACGGAGGAAACACCAAUGCAAGCAUUUGUUGGCACAAUGUACGAAGGCGGACUUGGAACUGAUCCUGAAGAGAUGAUGAAACAGUACGAAGUUGAGUUGAGGAGAGUUUUGAGCAAAGUUGAGACUUUGGACCGUGGCUAUCUUGUCAGGCGCCUGAGGCCACAGAGCAGACUCCGGCAUGUCCUAGCAGGUCUCAUAUGUUGCAUUUCAACUUUGUUCAAGAUUGAAGAAAUAGAUUUCAUUGGGCAAGCGAUGUACAAGUGCUUCAGCAUCACGAAGCAGGGCUAUUUCGCACUGGUACCGCCCGAGACACGAGAAGGAGAUUCGAUUGCACUUUUGAAAGGUGGACAGGUCCCUUUCGUACUUCGACAUACAUUGAAGUCUGGCAUCGCGGGCUGGGAGCUCAUAGGUCCAUGUUAUGUACAUGGAAUCAUGCACGGUGAGCAAUGGGACGAGGGGCAAUGUCAGCCUAUGCGAUUGGUGUAG